CAGCUGCUGUUUUUAUUUUCGGAGCUCGACUGAUGUUAUGUUGUUGCAGCUGUGUUCAUUGUAGUUGUCCUUCCCUGUUACGAAGUGUGCGACUCAUUCGUUUUGAACCGACAAUGAAGAAAGUACUGUAAUAUUAUCCACCUUUUUAGCCGAGAGGUGACGGCGGUUAUUUGUUCCGUCUCUCACAUCGCCCCGGUGACCCCUGUCUGCGUUGUCCGGGUUCCUGCCCCCUGAGCCAGGUCCAGCCUGGUGUCCUGCUGCCUUGCUGAAGGAGCCGAUGCUAAGCACUGUGAGGAGAUGUCACAGCGGGGAUGCAUCCUUUUGGAAACACUGUUGUAGUCGAGGGUAGACACGGAUGUACUCUGUAUAUCUACCUCUGUGACUUGGCAUACAGACGAGGCAAUUUUUCAGCCUGUCCAGUCGUGACACAUAUAUGGAUAGUGGGGUCGCAGUAUGCUCCCCUCCUCAACAACCAACACACCGCAGAUUGAAGGGAGUAGCAGCUUCAGAGCAGCAGGGGAGCUCAUGCCUGCCCACUCCUCUUCUGUCAACUCCUCUGUCCAGUUCCUCCCAGCUUUUUUUCUGGGUGUUGUAGCAGCAGUGUUGUUUCAUCUGGCCUGGGGAGGCUUGAGUCUGACCUCUUUCAUCUUGAAGUUGUUCAUCUACAUGUCCUUUGCACUCUUCUGUUUCCUGGCUGGGAGCUUUGUGCUGCUAGUAAGGAAGAGUCCUCUCAAAGUCAGCCACUUUGAGAGAAACAGAAGACCGUCAUCUGCACAGGUUGAGUUCUUCGAAAAGCUCAUGGCUCGUUUUGUGGUGCCAGUGCAGGACUCAAGCCAGAACAGGAGGGUGGUGGUGUCACACAAUGUGGACAAAGCCCUGAAGGAAGUGUUUGACUAUGCCUACAGAGACUACAUCCUGUCCUGGUACAUUCCCUUGAGUCAUGAUGAGGGCCAGUUGAACGCUAUGCUCUCAGAGGACUGGUGGCAGAUGGUUGGACAACUGAGAUCGAGACUUGCUGACAUAGACCUUGUGAAAGUGGUGUGUUACGACACUGUCAGAAUUGUGCACACCCACUUCACGGACCUCAAGGCUGCAACUACAAGACCAGAAGAGUGUGCUCGGCCUUUUCCUCUCCAUCCCUGUUUGGCUAGUCCAGACUCAGAGCUGGCCUUCCUUCGCUGUGUAGCCAGAAUACUGCUGCUGUGUCUGCUGCCACAAAAGGAUGCCAAGUCACAUACGCUACGCUCCUGCCUCACAGAAGUUAUCACUACUAAGGUGUUGAAGCCUUUGGUAGACGUUCUCAGUAAUCCAGACUCCAUCAACACGAUGCUGCUUUCUCAGCUGGAGCAGAGGGAACAGCAGGCUGAGCAGCAGAAGAAAGCCUACACCUACGCUGCCUCCUAUGAAGACUUUAUCAAACUGAUAUCAACUUCCACUGAUGUCAACUUUCUCAAACAACUCAGGUAUCAGAUAGUGGUAGAGAUUAUUCAUGCCACCACCAUUAGCAGCCUGCCUCAACUCAAGAAGCAGAAAGAACGAAAAGGCAAAGAGUCGGCAGCUAUGAAGGCAGACCUGUUGAGAGCCAGAGACAUGAAACGAUAUAUCAAUCAGCUGACUGUCGCUAAAAAACAGUGUGAGAAACGGAUCCGCCUCCUGGGCGGUCCAAACUAUGAGAACAAUGAGGAAGGUGGAAUUGAGGACAGUGAUGAGCCUCAAAGUCAGAGGAUUCUUCAGUUUGAUGAUAUCCUGUGUAAUCCAGGUUACAGGGAACAUUUUAGAGUCUAUAUGGAGAGAGUUGAUAAAAGAGCUCUGAUCAGCUUCUGGGAAUUGGUGGAAACACUGAAAACUGCCAACAAGAAUGAGGUACCUCAAAUUGUAGGAGAACUCUACCAAAAGUUCUUUGUGGAGAGCAGGGAGAUCCCAGUGGAAAGAGUCCAACUCAAGGAGAUCCAGCAGAGUCUGGUGGGAAACAGAGGAACACAAGUGUUUGUCCGACUACAGGAGCAGGUGACUGAGACAAUGAGAGAGCGUUACUACCCUUCCUUCCUGGUUUCUGACCUCUAUGAUAGGCUGAUCCGUAGAGAUGAGGAUCACAGCCAAUCACAAUGUAGCACUGGAGAAAAGGAGGAUGAGUGUCAGGAGGGGCUGGACACAGGAGAGGAGGUGUGUGAUGAAGGUAGUAAAGGAAUCAACGAGCAGGCCAGCUACGCUGCUACUAAACUCUGUCAGCUGUACGACAAACUGGAAUACAAGCGACAAGCACUGGGCUCCAUUCAGAAUGCACCCAAACCAGACAAGAAGAUCGUAAGUAAACUCAAGGAAGAGAUCAGAGUGAUGGAGAAAGAACACAGUGAACUGCAGCAGCAUAUCACCAGGACUGACUGGUGGUGUGAGAACCUGGGACACUGGAGGGCGACUAUUACUACUGCAGAGGCUACAGAGGAAGCUGGAGAGACAGUCGCUUCUUACAGUGUGUGUGUCAGCCUGGUGGAAAGAGAGGAGACUCCCUCCAGCCGCUGGAGUGUCCAAAGGAAGCUCACAGAAUUCCAGAUGUUGCACCGCAAACUGACAGAGUGUUUUCCUUCUUUAAAGAAGCUACAGUUACCAUCACUCAGUAAACUUCCCUUCAAAUCCAUUGACCAGAAGUUCUUGGACAAAAGCAAAACUCAACUCAAUGCUUUUCUCCAGCGUCUGCUGACGGAUGACAGAUUGUGUCAGUCGGAAGCUUUGUAUGCGUUCCUCAGCCCUUCCCCAGAGCACCUCAAGGUGAUGUCCAUUCAGAAGAAGUCAUCUUUCUCUCUGGCCUCCUUCCUGGAGAAACUUCCUGGGGAUUUUUUCUCUCACACUGAGGAGGAGGCUGACGAUGACAGUGACCUGUCAGACUAUGGCGAUGAGUUUGAUGGGAGGAAAGAUGCUCUGGCUGAACCCUGCUUCAUGCUCAUAGGAGAGAUUUUUGAACUCAGAGGAAUGUUUAAGUGGGUGAGGAAGACACUUAUUGCACUAGUCCAGGUGACGUUUGGACGAACUAUCAACAAACAGAUCCGGGACACAGUCAACUGGAUCUUCUCUGAACAGAUGUUGGUGUGUUACAUCAGCGUGUUCAGGGACACCUUGUGGCCUAAUGGAACGUUGGCACCACGUGUCCGAGUCCGAAGUGACUCUGAACGUAAUGAGACUAAGGAACGGGCUCAGCAGAAACUACUGGACAACAUUCCAGAUGCACUAGCAAACCUAGUUGGCCAGCAGAAUGCUCGCUAUGGGAUCAUCAAGGUGUUCAAUGCCCUGCAGGAGGCCAGCGCCAACAAGCACCUUCUCUAUGUCUUGAUGGAAAUGUUACUCAAGGAGCUGUGUCCUGAACUGAGUGCAGAGGUGGACCACAUCUGAACACUUCAUCUUUUAGGCCUUUUUGUAGCUGAUCAAUCAAACGGCGGCCCUCUGCGGUAGAAGGAGGCGCUCCUUUGUUCAAAGCUCAGACACAAAGCAGCUGUUGGUCUGAGCUGUGAUGCCAUAAAAAAGAAAAGCAUUAAUGAUGCCAGACUGAAACCAAUGAUCUUUGAAUUUUGUGGCACAUAUCUACAUUAUUUUUUUCUGUCUGAAUCAUCAGAACAUGUGAUUUAUCCUAAUUUAUGAAAGGGUCAUUUUGCCAUUACAUCAGAUAUGUACCACAGAGACCUAAAAUUACAUGUAAUUAUUUUUUUCCUGUGCAAAUAAUACAGUCUCCAGAUUUGAAAGGAGGGCAAAGAUGAUCGCUGUGAUGUAAUUUUCUCAGAUUGACAGUUUGUGGAUGUGGAUUAAAUGGUAUGAUGACAGUUCAGAUUUUCUGUUGCACUGAAAAAGUAACUGGUGUCAGUCUUUGACCACAGACAUCCAAACACUUUUCAACACACAUCCUGAGCAAAACCCAUGUCUGUGAUUAUUGUUAAAGCUUGUAAUUGUGCAAUAUGUCAUGUAAAAGUCAUCGUGAUUUUAUUUAUGAUUAUUAUUGAUAGUUUUUAUUUUUACCAAAAAUGUUUAGAGUGUUUAUAUCAGCAAUAAAUU